GCACAAUUAAAUGUCAAUGGAGAAAGGAGACUCCAAUGAAGGGUACGAUGAUGAUGGAAGAGUUAAAAGAACAGGGACGUUAAUAAGUGCAAGCGCACAUAUAAUAACAGCAGUUAUAGGAUCAGGAGUGUUGUCGUUAGCAUGGUGUUUUGGUCAAUUGGGUUGGAUUGCAGGGACAGCUUCUCUUAUGGUUUUUGCAGUCAUCACUUGGUUCACUUGCCUCUUGCUUUCAGACUGUUAUCGUUCGCCUGAUCCGGUUACCGGCACCAGAAACUACAAUUACAUGCAGGCUGUCAAAGCUAACCUUGGAGGACUUCAAUACAAACUUUGUGGAAUAGCUCAAUAUGGGAUUCUUAUUGGAGCUACCAUCGGAUACACCAUCACCGCCGCCAUUUCCAUGGCGGCAAUUGAACGCUCAAACUGCUUCCAUAAGUCAGGCCACCACAAGGGGUGUCACACAUUGAACAACUCAUAUUUGUUGAUCUUUGCGAUUAUUGAAAUUGUUUUAAGCCAAAUCCCAAACUUCCACAAACUCUCACUAAUAUCCAUCGUUGCGACCAUCAUGUCUUUUACCUACGCUACCAUUGGCAUUGCUCUCUCCAUUGCCAAAAUUGCAGAAGAAGGUGGACACACCAGAACAAGCCUCACAGGAAUACCAGUUGGGAAAGACAUGCCAAGUGUUGAUAAAAUGUGGACCACUUUUUCAGCCAUUGGAGAUAUUGCUUUUGCCUAUUCUUUCUGUCCAGUCCUCCUUGAGAUACAGGACACACUGAGAUCAAGUCCUCCAGAAAACAAAGUCAUGAAAAGGGCAUCUACUGUGGGAGUAUCAGCAUCGACCUUAUUCUACAUGAUAUGUGGGACACUAGGAUAUGCCGCAUUCGGUAAUGACGCACCUGGGAAUUACUUGACAGGAUUCGGUUUUUAUGAGCCAUUUUGGCUUAUUGACUUUGGUAACUUAUGCAUCGUAAUUCAUCUUCUUGGAGCCUACCAGGUGUAUAUCCAACCAUUUUUUGCGUUCGUGGAAAACUGGAGCAAAGAAAAAUGGCCACAAAACAAAUUUAUAACAAUAGAAUACUCGCUAGGCAAAUACAAGAUCAACAUCUACAGGUUGGCAUGGAGGUCAGGAUAUGUGGUCUUAGCGACACUGGUAGCCAUGAUCUUUCCAUUUUUCAAUAGUUUUCUUGGCCUUAUUGGUGCUGCUACGUUCUGGCCAUUAACGGUGUAUUUCCCAAUAGAGAUGUACAUUUCAAAAGCAAAGAUUGAAAAGUAUAGUUUCACCUGGAUCUGGAUGAAGGUAUUGAGCCUGGCAUGUCUGACUGUAUCACUAGUUGCUGCUGCUGGAUCUAUCCGAGGCCUCGUUGUGUCCGUGGAGACCUUCAAGCUUUUCCAUUCAGUGUCUUAGAUUCUAGAACCUGUCUGUUUCUCUUCAGUAUAAACAUUAUCCCAGAUUUGAUUUAGUUAAAGUGAAACAAAACAAGGGUUAUCAUGUAAUAUGCAUCAUUGGCUUCUGAAUUUUUAUAGUUUUCGGUAGACUAGCAUACCGGAAUUGUUUGUUGUAUCAAGUUCCUUUUUGUAAACUAUUCUGAGUUGAUCAUCCAUCUAAAGAGUUAAACCAUGAUUAGC